UCGUAAAGCUGAGUAUGCAGAGACGGUAUACGCCAACGUCUAAAUAUUUUUGGACCGCACGCCAUUGUCCUAAUACAACAUCGGUACGCGGAAUGCUACUGUCAUUCUUCAUCCCAAAAUCCAAUCAUGGCGACCGGCUUGCUUCUGUUUGUAUGCCUGCUGUCCAUCGAGCAUGCCUCCCUCACUCGUGCUGCCAACAUAACCGUAGAGUGCCCGUCCUCUACCUUCGCAUGCAAGACGACUGACGACUGCGUCGACCUUAGCGAGCGGUGUGACGGGUUCCGGUCCCAUUGUCCGGACGGUUCCGAUGAAGAGUGCACGACUCCGGACUGUGUGUCCCCAGACGUUUUCAGCUGUGAUAUUGACGACCGCUGCUUCUCUCUCUCCCGAGUGUGUAACGGAGUAGAAAACUGUCCCGACGGCUCCGAUGAGGUAGAUUGCAUGUUAAAAGAGUGUCCCUUACCAGGCUAUUUCAAGUGUGUAGGUAGUGCCACUUGUUUCCCACCAGUGUGGCAAUGUGACGGGUGGGAUGAUUGUGAAGACGGCUCAGAUGAGAAAGAUUGCACUAGCAAAGAGUGCUACAACGCCUACGAUCUCAAGUGUGAAAGUAGUGGAGUAUGUUUCUCUCCAUUGAAGCAAUGUGACGGUUUUGACGAUUGUGCAGACGGUUCAGAUGAGGAAAACUGCACCAGCAUUGAGUGUCCCUCGCCCGAGGAUUUUAAGUGUGAAAGUAGUGGUAUUUGUGUCCCUCCAUGGAAGCAAUGUAACGGGUUGGAUAAUUGUAUUGACGGUUCAGAUGAGAAAAAUUGUACAAGCAAAGAGUGCCCCUCUCCCGGGUAUUUCAAGUGUGAAAGUAGUGGUAUUUGUGUAGCACCACAUUGGCAAUGUGACGGUGUGGCUGAUUGUCUAGACGGUUCAGAUGAGGAAAAUUGUACCAGCAUUGAAUGUCCCUCUCCCGAGUAUUUCAAGUGUGAAAGUAGUGGUAUUUGUUUUCCUCCAUGGAAGCAAUGUAACGGGUUGGAUAAUUGUAUUGACGGUUCAGAUGAGAAAAAUUGUACAAGCAAAGAGUGCCCCUCUCCCGGGUAUUUCAACUGUGAAAGUAGUGAGUGGCAAUGUGACGGUUUUGACUAUUGUUCAGAUGGUUCAGAUGAGGAAAAUUGCCCCAGCACUAGCAAAGAGUGCCCCUCUCCCGGGUAUUUCAAGUGUGAAAGUAGUGGUAUUUGUGUAGCACCACAUUGGCAAUGUGACGGUGUGGCUGAUUGUCUAGACGGUUCAGAUGAGGAAAAUUGUACCAGCAUUGAAUGUCCCUCUCCCGAGUAUUUCAAGUGUGAAAGUAGUGGUAUUUGUUUUCCUCCAUGGAAGCAAUGUAACGGGUUGGAUAAUUGUAUUGACGGUUCAGAUGAGAAAAAUUGUACAAGCAAAGAGUGCCCCUCUCCCGGGUAUUUCAACUGUGAAAGUAGUGGUAUUUGUGUAGCACCACAUUGGCAAUGUGACGGUGAAGAUGAUUGUUCAGAUGGUUCAGAUGAGGCAAAUUGCACUAGCAAAGAGUGUUGGAACCCCUACCAUCUCAAGUGUAAAAGUAGUGGAGUUUGUUUCACUCCAUGGGGGCAAUGUGACGGAGAUUAUGAUUGUGAAGAUGGUUCAGAUGAGGAAAAUUGCACUAGCAAAGAGUGCUAGAACCCCUACGAUCUCAAGUGUAAAGGUAGUGGAGUAUGUUUUUCUUCGUGGAGGCAAUGUAACGGGUUGGAUGAUU